AUGGCCAUGACUGACGAGUCGGACCACAGCGGCGGGGUCAUUCUGGAUGGUCCCUUUGAUCCAGAUGCGCAAGCCACUGUGACUGACUACAUCGACUACCUCCCUGCCGAUCUCAUUCGAUCCCUCACUCUUAUCCGCGGCCUGGACGAGCGGUACCUGGACUCCGCGCAAGACAUCCACGCCCUGACCCAGACCUAUGGUCAGCUCCCUGGCCUUCCCUCUGACGAACGGCCAAGCGCAAUCUCCCUUCGCAAGGAUAUCUCCUUACACCUCGAUCGCGCGAUCAAUGCCCGCGAGUCGGCCUACGCAGAAGCUUGUCGUCUUUACGAUGUCGUGGAUCGCCACUUCGACCGGUUGAGCUGUAUCCGAAAGAAACUAGAGGAGCUGCCGCGACCUCCUUCCGUCGAGCCAUCCCCACCGCCGGAGCCGACCCCCAAACGUGCGCGCUCUCAUAAGAAAGGCGCAUCUACAACGCGUAUUACUCUCCGGCUGGACAAUCACAAGAAGGGUGGAUCACAGAAGUCGCGCUCGCGGCGUUCAAACAUUGAGCACUUGGCUGGCUUCAACCCAGACUCGCCUAUCGCCAGUACAGAGCAUUCUGAUAAGGAGAAGCAGCGGCGGCAGAGCUCCGGGGCAGGCGUCUCUACCAGCAAUGCCCUUGCGCUUCUGAAGCCUCCGCCUCCAGAUGCCAAGAUCGGCAGUGCAGAUCUGCCAUGGAUGCGCUUGACUGAAUAUGAAAUGACAAAGCUGCGAAAGAAGAUGAAGAAGAAUGCUGUGUGGCAGCCAAGCGAGGUAAUGAUUCAACGUGAACUAGCAUUGUCUGGCCGUGGAUGGGAGGCUUAUAGAGCAGCGAAGAUCGCGGCGAAAGAGGCAGGAGAAGAGUUCAUCGAUUGCGAUGAUAUUGAGAACAGUCGUUUGGCCGAGAAAACUAACGACUUGGAGACCAAGUUAAGCAACCGCGGGAUGAAGCUCAAUGAAGCGAAGAAGCUAAAGCGGGAGGCUCAAGCCCGAGAGGCAGCCGCAAAUGGAGAGUCUCUACCCAUUCUGCCCUCCAAGACUCCCGUUUCUGCACAAGCUACGCCCGUUAGUCGAUCCUCGCGCAAGAGAAAGCGUGACGAAACAGCGGCCGACGAAGCUAUGGAAGAUGCAGUAGCUCCCGAGCCUGCGGGGGCCCCCGAGCCCACGCCAUUGCAAUUCAAUUCUACCCGCCGGCGAUCUAUCAGAGGGGCACCCGCCAAUGGCGCAGCGGAGGAGACCAAAGACCCAGUCGCUCCCAUCGCGACGAAGGCCGCGAAUGAAAUGAAGAUGUCGCCUCCACUGGUAUCACCUGCUGAAUCGCGACGCUCUGCAAAGUCUGUUGCACAGCCUGCUGGCACUCCCACUCCACCCGUGACUCGACCUUCGUCACGACGCUCAAACGCAGCUCAGUCUAUCGAGCUCGGGGGCUUGGCAGGGAUUAGUGCCACUGCAGCGGCUGGCGGGAGAGAUCUGCGGAUCAAAAGUGCUACGCCCGCGCGCAAGACCCCCGUCCGAGAGCCAUCUCAUGCACCCAGCGUUCCCGGCCCUGCUCGCCGACGCAAGCGCCCUGCUCCGGGGCCCGUCUCGUCUGGUCAAGACGGUGGUGCGGCCGUCAGCUUUGGGCGCCGCAAAGCAAAGCCGGGCAAGAAACGUCUCAGUGUCCCCAAUUCACAGGAUAUUCGCGUUGAUGAAGACGGAGUGCUGGAGCAGAUCGAUGCCAAUGAACCACGCUAUUGCAUAUGUGGGGAUGUGAGCUUUGGGACCAUGAUAUGCUGCGAGAAUCAGGAUUGCGACCGCGAAUGGUUCCACCUUGACUGUGUUGGUCUUUCCGAAGUUCCUUCACGCACAGCUAAAUGGUAUUGUCCGGAUUGCCGCGUCAAAUUCCACAAGGGCCCGGAUGGUAUUGUGAAGAGUGGCUCGCGCCGUUGA